AAUUGACCUCCACUUACGACACAGUUAAGAGAGACCAGUUAGAUCCAGCCACAGUCACCACAGUUAAGAGGGACCAGUUAGAUCCAGCCACAGUCACCACAGUUAAGAGGGACCAGUUAGAUCCAGCCCCAGUCAUUACAGUUAAGAGGGACCAGUUAGAUCCAGCCACAGUCACCACAGUUAAGAGGGGACCAUUAGAGAGAGACCAGUUAGAUCCAGCCACAGUCACCACAGAUAAGAGGGACCAGUUAGAUCCAGCCACAGUCACCACAGAUAAGAGGGACCAGUUAGAUCCAGCCCCAGUCAUCACAGUUAAGAGGGACCAGUUAGAUCCAGCCACAGUCACCACAGAUAAGAGGGACCAGUUAGAUCCAGCCCCAGUCAUCACAGUUAAGAGGGACCAGUUAGAUCCAGCCACAGUCACCACAGUUAAGAGGGACCAGUUAGAUCCAGCCACAGUCACCACAGUUAAGAGGGACCAGUUAGAUCCAGCCCCAGACACCACAGUUAAGAGGGACCAGUUAGAUCCAGCCACAGUCACCACAGUUAAGAGGGACCAGUUAGAUCCAGCCCCAGUCACACAGUUAUGA